GGUGGAACAUUCUUGAGGUCGAAAUUUCACUUCCGUGUCACGCAGCUAACAUGGCGGAUAAAGACAAAAAGAAAAAGGAGAGCAUCUUCGACUUGUCCAAAUACAUCGAUAAGCCGAUUCGUGUAAAGUUUCAAGGAGGACGAGAAGCCAGCGGUGUCCUGAAAGGAUUUGACCCUCUGCUGAACCUGGUGCUGGACGGCACUAUUGAAUAUAUGCGCGAUCCAGAUGACCAGCUGAAGCUGACAGAAGACACCCGGCAGCUGGGGCUGGUGGUCUGCAGAGGAACCUCCGUAGUGCUGAUCUGUCCUCAGGAUGGCAUGGAAGCCAUACCGAACCCAUUCAUACAGCAGCAGGACGGCUAACGCACGAGCUCUCCCUGCUAACUUACACGUACUUGUACACACUUGAAUAUUUCGUUGUUUCUUUUCCUUAGUUUUUAUUUCGUUUUAACAAUAACGGUAAUCAUUAAUGGAGCCAAGCCGAUUUAGUUAAGCAGCAAAAAGACGUUUGAAUGCACUUCACUUUUAUUUCAGUCUGAUGUGCAAAUUUGUAAAGAUUUGUGUUGUAAAGAGCCCAUAAGUGUGGGAUGUGUAAACAGUACCAUUUUCUUUUUAUCCAGAAUAAGUGAACUUUUUACUAUUCUUUGUUGUUUUGAUAAGAAAAUAAAGUGAAAAUGUAAUUA